GUGGGACAAGGGACAAGUUCGGGCAGGUCCACAAAACUUUCUGGAGCUUGCCCUGAUGCAAAUUGCCUGUAGAGAGAGCCUUCCUCACCUCGCUCCAUUCCGUUUUAUACGCCUUCGUGCGACGGAAUUUUUAGUUAGUGUGGAAAAUUUUGGACGGAACAAGCUCGGUUUCGUAAGGUUUGGAGAGUUUUGGUGAGUUUUGAGAGUGUUGGGGGAGAAGUUUGGAUCUGUGCGAGGUGAGCUUUGUGAAUGUUUUUCGGUUCGUUUCCUCGAUUGAGAGGAUUGAUUCUGCAGUUGCAAGUGUUUUGGUAGCCAAGGUGGGGGGUGAAACGCCCCGCGUAUUGAAGUUUUGGCUUGAAGGAGGGGAGGGCGGGGGUUGGUCCUGACGUGUAGAGGAGGCAGGGGUCUUGUGCUGAGCCCUCGGGAGAGUAUGCCGAAGUCAUGCGAUGCAUGCCAGGCUUCCAGUGCGGUGGUGUACUGCCGAGCGGACGCGGCGUAUUUGUGUUUGGGCUGCGACGGGAAGGUGCAUGGAGCGAACAAGCUCGCGUCGCGUCACGAGCGUUUAUGGAUGUGCGAGGUCUGCGAAGUCGCGGCAGCCGUAGUGACCUGCAAGGCGGAUGCGGCGUCGCUGUGCGUUUCCUGUGACACGGACAUCCAUUCUGCCAACCCGCUGGCCCAGCGUCACGAGAGAGUACCUGUGCAACCUCUAUUUGAUUGCGUGAGCCAGUUUAGAGGGACGCAUUUCAGUGUGCUAGCGCCCAAGAAUGAGUGCAACAACAAUCUGCUGAAGGGAGACGAGGACCCGGCCGUGGCCGAGGCUGUUUCGUGGCUUCUUCCGCAUCCUAAGACCCUGUCAAGUGCCAUCCUAAGAGGCAUCGCUGCAGCUGAUGAAGCACCGGCGUUUCCCUUCCGUGAACGACCGUUCAGUCCCAAGCUCAAGAAGCUAAAAGUUGAGCAGGCAGCGGAUAUUUACUCGGAUGUUGACCCUUUCUUAGUCUUGGACGGCGGUAAUGGUACAGGAUUUCAACCGGACAGUAUGGUGCCCGUGCACAUUCCUGAGGGCCCUGAUGACAGUCCAUCACUGGCCAACUCAACGGCGCCUUCUUCUGCAAUCAAUUUCCGUGCCUCGCAGAAGAGCGGCUGCAGCUAUGGCACUUCUACUCUCACACAUAGCAUGUCAUGUUCAUCUGUGGAUGCUGCCGUCGUCCCGGACUCCAGUCUAAGCGACAUCUCGACACCCUACUCAAAAGCCCUGGAUUCACAAGAUUCCCAAGAUUUGUCAGGUGCGCUUGUGCCGCAUCAGGCGAGCAAGCCCAUUGACACAGUGGAUCGGGAAGCUCGAGUGAUGAGAUACAAAGAGAAGAGGCAGAAGCGCAAGUUUGAGAAGACCAUCCGGUACGCUUCAAGGAAAGCUUACGCCGAGAGUCGGCCGAGAAUCAAAGGCAGGUUCACCAAGAGAACGGACUCUGAUGUGGAGCAGAUGUUUAGUAGUUGCACCGCAGAUUCAGGUUUUGGGGUGGUUCCUUCUUCUUGUUGAAUAUUUGAAUGAUCAACACAGUCUUGGUCAAUUCCAAUGCUUCACGUCGAAUUUUUAUUUGAUGUACUACGAAGGACCUUCUGUAAAAAUAGUGUAGAAUUAAAGUUUUCGACACCCAAUGUAAAAAAAAUAUAGUCAGAGGCACUAAGUCAUACCAAUUUUUUUCCCCACUUAGGGCUUCAAUUACAUACUCACAGCAGUAAGCAGACCAGAGCAUGAGUGCUGGUAGUGCUCUUUUCUCUGUUUUCUCUCUCUCUCUCUCUCUCUCUCUCUCUCGCUCUCUCCUGAACUCUGGAAGUGGUGGAUACUUUGGAAGUAUAAUUUAUGUACAGCAUGAGCUGGUUGUGACAGACA